CACCUGCUACCCGGAAAUCACAUGUCCAUGUCACACUCGUGCUAUCAUUACUUCUGUUAUUACUGGUGUUGCUUCCCGAGUCAUUAUUUCAGUGAUUGUGGUCCUGUAGGUGUAUGCUGAGGCAAGUGAGUGCUCUGAGGCAAUGCUAAUACUUCUGGGCCACCUUACCUUCCUCUACCACAUGACGUUACGUGCCCCACUUACCAAGGUUAUUCUCAGCUGAUGUCCCAUGCUGCCACGCUCUCAUUUGCACGCCCCAUAACUCCAAGUAAGUAAUCCCCAACCCUACACGCCAACAGUUAAUUGGUGUAUUGCAAGUAAAUCUGAUAUUUAUGACGCUAAUACCCACACACUGUGCUUUAUACUGUACUAGCGUGUCACAGCCACCUUCUGUCAGCCUGCGGUCAAAUUUCUACCUCAGGGAGGCGCCAGAGAUCCUCCUCCCGUGGAAGUAUUCUCCCAGAUUUAGCAUCAAACGGACAAAUACAAGCGUGCAGGUUCAAAUAUGAAGGUUAUGAAUGAAACACAAAACUAAAUUAUUAUUAUUAUACCAAUAUUUGACACUCAUGACUGUUCCUGAUUACAGGACAUCAUUAAUCUAAUGUGGGAGUGCUGGAUUUGAUCUGUGUUAUAUAAUUAAAGCAAAGCUGCACUGUGUACAGUUAAGGGACUUGAAGGUGAUAUUUCAAUGAAAAACAAACCAACCCAAGCAUGGAGAGUAGGACGUUUUAUGGGACUGACUUUGUUUUUGACAAAGAAGCAUUCAUCACCUUCUUCCGCCCAUUGCCACCUAAUCUCAUUUGGUCAGUCACUGCUGAUGUUCUUUCCACUAUCAACGAUUCAUAAUGAUGAGCUGUUCCAGCUGCCCCAUCUUACCCUGAUAUAAAUAGAAAAUAACAGAAGAUUGAUUACCUUUUCUAAACUAUGCAUUUCUUGUUUUUCAUCUUCAUCCAUUUAUUUAAUUUAUUCUAAAAUAAGUACAAGGCUAAAUAACAUGUCAUUUUAAAAUCUGUUCUUUGAUUUAUUGCAAAAGAGAAGUUUUCUGUAAAAAAAAAAAUAAAUGCAUUCAUGAAAGAAUAGACAAAUCCCAACCUUUUCCAAACCCGAGUAACUGCAUAUAAUAUGUCAUGUUUAAUAUGACGAUACAAUUCUCAGCAUCCAGGAAUAGGAACACUUCAGGUUUUCCCAUCAUUCCAUCAUAGUCUGAAUUGUUUACAAUCAUUUAGUCAUGUCAUAUUGGGGCUAUUUCCAGCAAGGAAGAGGAUGGGGUGGAGCAUGAACUCGGGGACGGUUAUAAUCGCAUUGUAGGUGGCGGUUAUUGUUGUCGACUGCCUCGGCGAUAACUUGACUUCAUGAGCUGCAGGAGCUGAUUGCUGAAAAAAAAGACCUUGGAAAAUACACUGGAUUAUUUGGACUGAUGACUGUCAUCUCCUUGGCGGCCGCCCUGAACUUUCAUCUUUAAUCAAUUGCAGGCACUACGGACCUGGAACGAGGAACUGAAAUGUCCAGCAGUGACUAUAAGAGACUGGAGCUCUUCCGACAUAUCCUAAAUGUUUGCAGCCAUGAUCCGUCCUGCAACACCUCCCACCUGCUGCUGCACAACAUCAGCUCAUGCAGCGGGCUGGAGCUUGUGGGGGAUGGGUCCCCCUGGUUGAGAAGCCUGAUCUCUGUGGUGUACUUUGUGGUGGCAACAGCUGGAGUGGUGGGCAACCUGCUGGUGUUGUUUCUGCUGUACUCCACUCGCACCAUCACCACUGGCACAAUCAAUUUCUUUGUCUUCAACCUAGCUCUGGCCCACCUCCUCUUCUCCCUGGCUUUGCCCUUUUGGGCUGUGGACAUUGCGCUGGACUACAGCUGGCCAUUCGGUGUGGGCGUGUGCAAGGCCGUAUCCUUGCUCACCGGCCUCAACGUGUUUGCCAGUUGCUUUUUCCUCACAGCCAUGAGCUUGACCCGCUACUGCUAUGUGGCCACCGCACUCAAGCCCAGCGCAUCCGUUUGCAGCAGGUCAUGCACCUCCCCGUUGGUCACGGCCUUCAUCUGGGCCGGAGCCCUUAUUGCUGCAGCACCACGAGGUGUGUUUGCUGCUUUGAGCCGCGUGGGCACCAGCAACGAUACUGCAUGCCUCCUCCGUUUCCCAGAUGGUACAGCCUGGCUGGGGAUAAACCAGCUCCUGCGGGUAGUGCUUGGCUUUCUGCUUCCUUACACCACCAUCAUCCUCUCCUACCUGCUGCUGCUGCGCUUCCUCUGUCGCCACAAACUGAAAGGCAGCAACUCACGGCGAAAGGCCAACGUCUCAAAGUCGGUGGCGGUGGUGGUGCUGUCGUUCUGUGCCUGCUGGUUCCCGUACAACAUCCUCACCCUGUGGAGCAUACUCAUCCACCUGGACAUCGUCGACAUCAGCCCCUCGUUCUACGUGGUGCAGACCUACUUCUUCCCUCUGGCCAACUGCUUGGCUUUCACCAGCAGCUGCUUCAACCCCGUCAUCUACUGCCUGGUGCGGAAGGAAUACCGAGUGGCUCUUCACAAUGUCUUUUUCAAGCUGAACCUGGCCAUCAUGUCCAAGAUGCCUUACGCCAUCAACCCCAACAAAGGAUUGCAACAAGCUGGACAACUGGCCAUUCCUCUUAGCAACAUUCCCAGCCAGACGAGCCAAUCGGACUCAAGAAGAUACGCGCCCCUGUCAGCACUCCCAACGGUAGUCUCCACUCUGUAAAGCCUUUUGUUGAACCUUAUCGAACCAUAUUCAAUGCAAGAGUUGCAUCCAAGAUUAUACCGAAGAUGACAACAAAUGCAUGGUUUUAGCCCUGUCAUUCCCAACCACUGUUCCGCGGCACAUUAGUGUGCUGUGAGAGAUCAUCAGGUGUGCCACGGGACAUUAUCCAAUCUCACUUAAUUGGUCCCAAAAUAUUAAUUUACUACACAUUUCUUUAUUCAUUUUUUUUGUGACAAGCAGAAGAAUGCAAUGCUCUUCCACGAGAUCGCAGGAGAUACUUCAUCAAGCUGUACAGUUUUUCCACCUGUUCCCAGUAACACAUUUUUGUUUGGUGGUGUGCUGUGAGAUUUUUCUAAUGUGAAAUAUAUGCCUUAUAAAACAUAUUAUCAUACACAAGACAAUGAUAGGACAACGUUGCUCUAUCUAGUGGAGAUGGUGGUCAAUUACAAACAAAACAACCACGAUAAAAGCAUCUUCUCUCCAUCUUUUACCUUUUCUUGCUUAGUGUUAUUAGCAUGAGUGUAAGAUGUGUAACUCCUGAAUAAAAUUGGUCUGAAACUGCAUUUUGACCCUGAUUUUUAUUUCACAAUACACACUUUCACA